AUGAUGGAUCUUGGGUAUGAGGCGACUCCGCCACCUUCCGCCGGAAAGGAUUGGGUCAGCUUCUGGAACUUCGUGGACCGAGCUCCCCCUCUCGAAGCUGAAUCGGUCCCCCGCGAUAUCUUGGUCGUGGGUGCCGGCAUUGCAGGCAUUGCCGUUGCCCUGGCCCUCUCGAAGGAAUUGACGCCCUUUGUCCCCGAUCUCCGGAUCAACGUCUAUGAACGGCACGACAUCCUUUCCACAUCCGGCGGUGCUAUCAACCUCACCCCCGUUGCUCAGCGCCAUCUGGAUCGCUUGGGUGUCCUCGACGAGCUGGACAAGCUGGGACCGGAGUCUGGCACCGAUGUAGAUGCUAUCCAGCUGUUCUCCAGCCGCUCGGGACGCUCCCUCGGCGCCAUCAACUUUACUGAUGACAAUGGAAACGGAUUUGGUGGGUAUAAGGGCCGCAGAGUGAUGCGUAUCAUCCUGUCCUUGGCCAUGUUGAAAGUUGUCGAGCGCACUAAGAACGUCAAUGUGGUCUUUGGCAAGAAGCUGGUCCGCGGCAAGGAGUCAAAAGACAAGGCCGUCCUAUACUUUCAAGAUGGCACAACGGCCACCGGGGACCUCGUUCUUGGUUGCGAUGGGGUCCACUCCAACGUCCGCACCCAAUGGGUCUCUCCCGAGCACCCGUCCGAGUACACUGGCAUCUCAUUCGUCCAAACCAUGAUUGAUAGCAAAGACAUCAAGGCCCCUGUUCAUUUCCGCUCCACCUCGAUGAACAUUUCCCGUCAUGGCUCUUUGCUCGCCAGUUACUGUGAUCGAGAUCAUACUCAAAUCUUCGUUGCCGCCAUCGUGCAGUUCCGGGAGGAGCUCCUGUCGCACUACAAGAUUGAGCCGGGUCAGGAUUGGCGGCGCACCGCGGCUAUCAAAGAUGCCCUUUGCCAAGAGAUGCGGGACCGUUUCGGCCGGUCGGGCUUGCCGGCCAUCCGGGACAUGGUCAACAAGGCGGACGACUGGAUGCUCUAUCCUGUCUGGCAAGUUCGCCCGGGUGCACGCUGGUACCGUAACCGGGUCAUCCUCCUCGGUGACGCGGCGCAUGCAAUGCCGCCGCGUGAUGAAUCUGCCGCGUACGCCCUAGACGACGCCAUUCUCUUCUCGCGCAUCCUAGCGAAGCACCGCUACGAUCCUCUCCCUGUCGCCUUCAAGGCUUAUGAGGAUCUGCGACGAGGGACGGUCAAUGCCGCCUUCCAGGUGUCGCGGCGGAUGUGGGAAAAGAACCGUGACCUGGGCUUUUUGGAGGGCCGCCUGAAGGAGUGGACCAUGCCCAUGCAAGUCCGCAACGGCAAGGAAGCUCGCGAACACGCGUGGGGUUUCGAUGCGACCAAGGUGCAGCUCCCCGGACCGGGAGAUUCGACCUCGUCGCUGUAUUCAUCUGAAAAGGAGUUCCUAUAG